AUGAAAAAAAUAUAUAGUAUUUUCUCUUUUUUAUUAAUUUUGAACAUUCAUAUAUAUUUAAAGAAUGUUGAAUGCAAUGACAUAAUAAAUUACAAUGGUUUAAAUCUAAGAAACGGAUUACCAACUAAUAGUUUAGAUAUAACAAAUGGAUUAGACAAUAGAAAUAUCAACUUUAUUAAUUCUAAAAUUGAUGUAAAUGAAAAGAACACUUCCCUAAAUAAUGCUCAUAAUAUAUCUACUUUAGGAAAAGAGUUUACUGUUAUAGGAACAGAUUCAAAAGAAAGAGAAAAUAUAAUUAGUGCAUCAGAUAACACAUAUGAUAAUACUAUAGGUCUUAGUGUUACAGAUAGUGGAAUUCCUGAUGGUAGUGCAUUUGGUGGAGGGCUGAGUGUAUCUGAAAAUUCACCUCUACAAGGUGGUUUGAAUAAAUGUCCUAUGGAUAAAUUUUGCAAUGUUAUUAGUACAAUUCCUAAAUGCCUCACGAGAACGUAUGAAGAAAGAAAUAAUACAUGGACUUUUAUAGAUGUAAAAACGGAAAACGCAGGGUUAAUUGUUCCUCCAAGGAGAAGAAAAUUAUGCUUCGGAAAUAUUUCUAAUAGAAUUAAUGGAACAAGUAGUUAUGAUAGAUUAAAAAAUCUUAAAAAUGAACUUAUCAAUGCUGCCUUUACUGAAACAGAAUCUAUUUUUAGAAAACAUGAGAAACAUCCUGAAAAUAUAUUCAGUGCAAUUAAAUAUAGUUUUGCAGACAUAGCAGAUAUUUUUAAAGGAAAUGAUAUGAUAGAUGAUAUAAUUUCUAAAAAGAUAAGUAAAAAUUUGGAUAAGGUAUUUAAGGAUAAUGAUCAAACAAAAACAAAAGAGAAACGUGAAAAUUGGUGGAAGGAAAAUAAAAAUGAUAUUUGGAAUUCAAUGAUGUGCAAAUAUAUGAAAGAAAAGAAAGAUAAUAAAUGUCCAAACCACGAUAAUAUACAUGAGGUACCACAAAUGUUUCGUUGGUUUAGAGAAUGGGGGACUUAUGUUUGCAAA